AUGAAACGUUAUUCAAAAAUGGCACCAAUGGUAGCGGAAAAUAUAACUUUCAAUAAAUUCCCACAACAUCGAGCAUUACAUUAUCAUACAAUUCUUAGUGUUGCUCCAUUUCCAUAUAUGCCUGAUCCAUGGAACGAGAAUAAUAAUCAUUUGCUUCAAUUCAUUCAAAAUGAAUUUAAUGCUGCUCAUCCUGGCAAUGAUUCGGGGUAUGAUGUUGUAGAAAUUGAUACUGUGAUUUUAGGUGAUCUUGUUGCUGCUGGUCUUAUAACUCCACAAACUUAUCCUAUUUUGCCAGAUCAAAUUCCAUCGGAUUGGCAUCCAGCAGCUGGUGCAGCAGUACAAAUAAAUCAGGCAGUAUAUGCUUUUCCUCAUCUUAUGUGUGCUUAUUUUCUUUUUACUCACGGAAACCCAGCAGAUAAGAGAGAGUUUUUGUCACUAGAGGAACUUGAACGAUAUCUAAAUAAUUCAUAUUAUGUUUACAAUAUACCUAAUUUGACAUACGGAUCCCAUCGUCUUGUAGGAAAUCUUAAUUCUAGUUGGGAUAUAAGUGCUAUAUGGAUCGAUAGUCAACGAGAUAUAUUUCAUUCGACAUUUUAUACAGAAGCAGAAGCUCUUCAUGGAUAUGAACAUUUAUCAUUCGAACCGAUGCGUAAGCUUGCUAAACUUUGUGAAUCAGAUGAAGGUGUUAAUGACUGUGUAGAUGGAAGAUUUGAGGAGAAUUAUGAUGAGCCUGCAAAAUUAUUUGGCACUUAUGCCGCUCGAGCUAUGUUUGGUUAUUCUGAAAGAUUGUUUCAUAUUUUAAAAGAGGGUUCAUCAAAUAAUGUUGCCGAUGUAAAAAUACAACCAUUACCAUUAGGAACCGGUGCUAAACGACCUGUUUUUUUUACUGAUGCUUAUGUAUUUCGACGUAAUCUACCUGCGAAUAAGUUAGCAGCUGCACAAGCUUUUGUCAAAUUUAUGGCAACACCUCGAAUGCAAGCAGCUGUUGUAGGAAAUGAGGCGUUUUCAGAACAAAUGCCUUUACGUUAUCUUCUUCCUAUUUCUAAGAGUGCAUACAAUGAGCCUCUUCUAGUAUCUAAUCGUUUUUAUCAAGAUUAUUUUCGAAAUUUAUAUGGUUAUGCUUAUCCAAAUACUGGUCUUUUAUCAGCACGUCGUCAGCUUGCACCAGCUAUUCGAAAAUAUAUCAAAGAACAAUAA